CUAGGUGCACUUCUUCACAAACUCAUCAGCCAUGAGCAAAGUGGGUUUCAACCAGGUAAAGGAGUGGAAGAAAACAUCCUCCUUACCCAAGAGAUGAUUCACUGCCUUGACAACCCGUCUAGGAGUGCCAACAUUGCUAUCAAAGUGGACUUUGCAAAAGUGUUUGCCAGAAUUUCUUGGCAAUUCUUAGAGGCUUCUCUAAACUCCUUUGGCUUCUCCUCACAGUCAUGCCACCUACUCCUCUCCACACUCAAGGCCACCCAUUUCUCAAUUCUCAUUAAAGGAUCUCCUCAUGGGUUUUUCAGAAUGAAGAGAGGGGUUAAGCAAGGUGACCCUCUCUCCCCCCUUCUCUUCAUACUUGGAAAUGAAGGUCUAAGUAGAAUGAUUAAGGGGAAGGUUGAGGAGGGUUACCUUAAAGCAAUACAAACAGGGAGAAGCAAACCCCCCUCCCACCUUGCAUAUGCAGACGACAUAAUAUUUUUCCUAAAUGGCCAUUUCAGAAACUUGCUCAGAUUCAAAGGGAUUAUUGACUGCUUUCUGAAUUCAUCAGGACACAUGAUCAAUCUCAAUAAAAGCCAUUUCUACACUGGUCCAAGAGUAAAGCCAGAAGUCAAAGCUAACAUGCAAAGGGCACUUCAAAUGGGAGAGGGCAGAUUACCUCUAAACUACUUAGGGGCAACCAUUGGAAAAGGAAAACUAAGGAAGGAAGAUUGCAAGAAAAUUGUCCAACAUUUUGAUGCCUAUCUUAACACUUGGUAUAGCAAGGUGCUAAACCAAAUGGGGCGUUUGAUUCUCAUUAAGCAUGUCCUCAGCUCUAUUCCAUUACACAUUGUUGCUGUCCAGCAAAUGCCCAAAUCUAUUCACAACAUGUUGAACAAGAAGAUGCAGAACUUUCUAUGGGGAUACAAAGAGGGAAGGCCUAAAUAUCAUUGGGAACUCGACCAUACACUGUUUCAUUGCCAAAUGUCUUUCAAAAUAUGGAGGUUCUUCUCUGCUGCUUUUAAUGGACCUGUUCCUAAUAAGGAAGAAACCCUACACGAGACAUGCAUGAAAUGGUGGAAAUGCCAUCAAGUGCCUGCUGUCAUCACUCAUCCUCCAGUGGUGCACUUAUCACACCCUCACUGCCCCACUCCUAUCCGUAUCCUAGAGAGGAGAUUGGUCAAGAAGGGGAAUAAGGCAGUGACACAAGUCUUAGUUGAAUGGUCUGGGUUGGGCAAGGAGUACUCAACUUGGGAGUAUCUCACAGCACUUCAACAAAGACUAGUUGAGCUGCUCAGAUUUUGUUCCAAGAGACCCAAGAGGCUUUAGACUUUAGAGCCAUCCCAAAAACAACCUAUUGAGCUUAGUAUUGAUGAGGCAAAUGAGUCUACUUGGGAAGAUGGAGACAAUCAAUCUCAGGGCGGAGCACAUCCAAGGUGCUCGAUGAAAUGUCCCAACCAUUCCAGCAGAGGUCCAAAUCUAUAGCUCCUUUUGGUGGAAUCUAAUUUUCCAAAAGGGCAUCAUCUUUCUGGAAUUGCCAACAAAAGAAUUCAGAGUUU